AUGGUCGACUUUACUCCACUGCGCAUGGAGUUCCUAUGGGUUUGUUGGUACGAGCCCAUUGAGCAGGUCUCCUCCUGGGAUUCCUCCACCCUCGAUCAACUUAGAUUUUGUCCCAUAGAUGAUGGUUCUGCAUUCAGCUUCAUGGAUCCAGCGGAUGUACUCAGGAAUUGUCACAUCAUUCCUGCUUUCGCCAAGGGCAAGAAACACCCUGAUGGGUUGGGGGUGUCAGGGCAGGCAGGGGAUAAGGAUGAUUGGCGUGGAUAUUAUGUCAAUCGGUUCGUUGAUCGCGACAUGUUAAUGCACUUUCACUUUGGUCUUGGCAUGGGACAUGUCUAUUCACAUUAUCGCCUUAUGCACGUUGGGCUGAAAGAAGGCAGUUCAAAUGUUGAACACCACGCAGAAAAUGGAAUUGAAGAAGAAUACAAAGAGUACAAAGGCAAAAGCGAAAGCGAAGGUGAAGAUGAAGAGCGUGAAGAUGAUGGCACCAUAAGUGGACUCACUCUCGAGCAGCAUUUUGGUGCCAGCUCUGAGUCAUUAACUCACUUUAAUGAUAUGUAUGAUAGUGAAUUGGAAUUAGAUUACGAGAAUUAG